AUGGUGGCCGUCAAGAUGCCUCCCCUAGUCAAGAGCGCCCAAGUCAAAUCGGCGAGCCUCCACAAUCCUCUUCCCCUCUACCUCCAUACAUACAUAUGGCCUUUUCUAGCGGUGUGGCCAAUCUUUCUCGCCUUCUAUCUGUCCGAAGAACGAUAUGAGAAGUACAUAGAUGGGCAAGAAUUUACCUUUGUCUGGGCGGGUUCGAUCUUCUCGAUCCAGGCACUGACGUGGCUGACCACGAAAUGGAACGUCAACGUGGACGCACUCUUCACGUCCACAAAAGCGCGAGAUGUGAAGAGCGCUCAGCUCAUCAAGAUUAUUCCUGUGAUGAAUGCGGGUACGGCGGAGAUAUGCCCGCUUCUGAGAGAUCAUGUCGGUGGCAAGCUCAAUACUUCAUUCCUCUUUCAGAAAAGGCGCUUUCUUUACGAUACCACUUCCGGCACAUUCGCGCCCCUCUCCUACGACAUUGACGCUGAUCCCAAACCUCAAAUCAACACCUUUCAAGAGUCGCACGGCUUGACGUCUCUCGACCAAAUUGAGCGUAUACAUCAGCAUUAUGGAUACAACACCUUCGACAUUCCAGUACCCACUUUCACCGAAUUAUGGAAGGAACACGCUGUAGCGCCUUUUUUUGUUUUCCAGAUCUUUUGUGUCGGAUUGUGGUUGCUAGAUGAUUACUGGUACUACUCAUUAUUCACCUUGGUAAUGCUGGUCGGAUUUGAAAGCACAGUUGUGUGGCAGAGACAAAGGACUCUGAACGAAUUCCGCGGGAUGAGCAUUAAGCCAUACGAGUUGUAUGUGUAUAGGCAGAAGACGUGGGAGCAGACUACAAGUGAUAAGUUAUUACCUGGAGACUUAGUUUCCGUCGGGAGGACGAAGGAGGAUAGCGGUGUCGCAUGCGAUAUGCUGCUGGUCGAGGGCACCGCUAUUGUAAAUGAGGCGAUGCUGUCAGGGGAGAGUACACCAUUAUUGAAGGACUCGGUGCAGCUGAGACCUGGAGAUGCCGUGAUUGAGCCCGAGGGCCUGGACAAGAACGCAUUUCUCUAUGGUGGGACGAAGGUUCUGCAGAUCACCCAUGGAAUCGCAAGCGAGGAUGCGCCGGAGACAGUACCAACUCUUGUGUCGGGCGUCAAGCCACCACCUGACAAUGGUGCGAUGGCAGUUGUAGUCAAGACUGGCUUUGAGACAAGCCAAGGCAGUCUGGUGCGGACUAUGAUCUAUUCGACAGAGCGAGUAUCUGCGAACAAUGUGGAGGCGCUCCUAUUCAUCCUCUUCUUACUCAUCUUCGCCAUUGCUGCUUCUUGGUACGUCUGGGUCGAAGGUGUGGCACAAGAUCGUAAGCGCUCGAAGCUCCUCUUGGAUUGCGUCUUGAUCAUCACGAGUGUUGUGCCUCCUGAGCUACCGAUGGAGUUGAGUCUAGCUGUGAACACAAGUUUGGCCGCGUUGAGCAAGUACGCCAUUUUCUGCACAGAGCCUUUCAGGAUACCAUACGCUGGUCGUGUCGAUGUGGCAUGCUUUGACAAGACAGGCACUUUGACUGGUGAGGAUCUCGUUGUCGAUGGCAUUGCAGGCCUGUCUUUAGACGAGAAGGAAGCUCCAACAGAAAAGGACGGUGCCCAUAGCAAGCUCACCCCAGUGCUUGAUGUUGGUCAACAAACGACCUUGGUCCUUGCCACUGCUCACGCUCUUGUAAGAUUAGACGAGGGAGAAAUCGUUGGUGAUCCAAUGGAGAAGGCUACCCUCACCUCCCUAGAUUGGAGUCUUGGGCGCAACGAUACUUUAACGGGCCGAUCAGCAUCGAUUGGUCGAGGUAAUAAUCCCAGUGGGGAGAUCGUGCAAGUCAAACGACGCUUUCAAUUUUCAUCAUCUCUGAAAAGGCAAAGCUCAGUGGCCACAGUACUCGUCAACGACAAGAAUACCAACAAGAAAGUGCGGAGUACUUUCAUUGGUGUCAAGGGAGCCCCUGAGACAAUACGAACCAUGUUGACGAAAGUUCCUCCCCACUAUGAGGAGACGUUCAAGUACUUCACCCGCAAUGGAGGGCGUGUACUUGCUUUAGGCUACAAAUACCUCUCUACUGAAUCUGAGCUUGGUCAGACGAAAAUCAACAAUCUGAAACGAGAAGAAGUAGAGGCUGAUCUGACUUUCGCUGGCUUUCUGGUUCUGCAGUGCCCGCUCAAAGAGGAUGCCAUGUCCGCUGUGCGUAUGCUUAACGAGAGCAGCCAUCGCUGUGUCAUGAUCACCGGUGACAAUCCCCUCACAGCUGUUCAUGUCGCGAGACAAGUCGAAAUCAUUGACCGCGAUGUCCUGAUCCUUGAUGCACCUGAGCAUGAUGACAGCGGUGAGAACCUCGUAUGGCGAAGUGUGGAUGACUCAACGAGCAUCCCUGUUGAUCCGAAAAAGCCAUUAGACCACGGGAUCAUUCAACAGAAAGAUCUUUGCGUCACUGGAUAUGCUCUAUCGAAAUACAAGGACUUACCAGCAUUCAAGCAAAUCGUAAGGAACACCUGGGUGUACGCCCGUGUAUCACCAAAGCAGAAGGAAGAUAUCCUGAUCGAGUUGAGAGAUCAAGGAUAUAUUACUCUCAUGUGCGGCGAUGGUACUAAUGACGUGGGCGCGCUGAAGCAGGCUCACAUCGGGGUCGCUCUUCUCAAUGGUACGCAGGAGGACCUCAACAAGAUUGGCGAGCACUUCCGCACCACAAAGAUGAAGGAAAUUUAUGAAAAACAAGUCCAAUUGAUGAAGAGAUUCAAUCAGCCAGCCCCACCAGUGCCACCUGCCAUAGCGCAUACCUAUCCACCUGGCCCAACAAAUCCCCACUAUGAAAAAGCCAUGCAAGCACGAGCAGAGCAAAGGACAGUCACUUCACCAGGAGCGAAGGCACUUCAGAAUGGCAACGCUGGUGCCUCGCCCAAGCAAACUCGGGAAGCUGAGGCACGACAAAAAGCCGCUGGCCUCGCAGAUAAACUCACCUCCACAAUGAUGGAAGCAGAAAUGGAUGAGAUGGAGCCACCAAAAAUUAAGCUAGGCGAUGCGUCCGUUGCAGCACCAUUCACUAGUAAACUCAAGAACGUUGUCGCCAUCCCUAACAUCAUCCGACAGGGAAGGUGUACGCUCGUUGCCACCAUUCAAAUGUACAAAAUCCUCGCGUUGAAUUGCUUGAUUAGCGCCUACAGUCUCAGCGUCCUCUAUCUCGACGGCAUCAAAUUCGGAGACGGUCAGGUCACGAUAAGUGGUAUGCUGAUGAGCGUCUGCUUCCUCAGCAUCUCGCGCGCAAAGUCCGUCGAAGGCCUCUCAAAGGAACGCCCCCAACCCAACAUCUUCAAUCCCUAUAUCAUCGGUUCUGUCCUCGGACAAUUCGCAAUCCACAUCGCCACGCUAAUCUACCUCUCCAACCACGUCCAGAAGAUUUCUCCUUCGCCUCCGCGCUCCUCUGUUGAUCUCGAGGGCGAGUUCGAGCCCUCUCUCCUCAACUCCGCUGUUUACCUCCUACAGCUAAUCCAGCAAAUCAGUACCUUCGCUAUCAAUUACCAAGGUCGACCCUUCCGGGAGGGCAUCCGCGAGAAUCGCUCCAUGUAUUGGGGCUUGGUCGGUGUUUCAUUCGUCGCUUUCUCCUGCAGCACGGAGUUCAUACCUGAAUUAAAUUCGAAAUUGAGACUGGUGCCGUUCACGGUCUCUUUUAGGGCUGUGAUGACGGCUGUCAUGGUGGUAGACUUUGUGGGGUGCUGGGUCAUUGAGCAAGGGCUGAAGAGCGCUUUCAGUGAUUUUAGACCGAAAGAUGUUGCAGUGAGGAGGAGCGAGCAAGUCGAGAGGGAAGAAGAGAGGAAGCGGAAGGAGUUGGAGGAGAAGAUGAAGGAGCAGGAAAGUCGGACAGGAGACGCUGCUGUGUAA